GGUGUGGCUACCUAGUAGGCUUCUGGCCGAGUUGUUCCGACUCCGCGGCUGCCCUGGUGGGUUGGGAACUGGCUCUUCACUGAUCAAGGGAGAGAAGGGGAUCCCAAGGCGACCUCAGCGUCAGCGGGGCCUGGCAGCCAUGUCGCUAUUGUCCCUGCUAAUGCCGACCCUUUGGGUCUAUUUUAUCGGCUUUCGCGUAGCCCUGGAGCAGCUGUUUCGACGCCCCUUUCCGCUCUCCGUUUCCAAAGCAGUUUUUCCUCUUCAAAAUGGUAAUGUUGCCUUGGUAACUGGAGGAAGUAAAGGAAUUGGUUACCAUACUGUGAAGAAUUUGGCAAGACUUGGAAUGCAUGUUAUAAUAGCUGGAAAUAAUGAAAAGCAAGGCCAAAGAUCUGUGAUGAAAAUCAAAGAAGAAAUUAGGAACACGAAAGUGGAAUUUUUAUACUGUGAUUUGGCUUCUAUGAAGUCCAUAUAUCAAUUUGUUAAAGAGUUUAAGGCAAAGAAUUUCCCACUUCAUAUCCUGAUCAAUAAUGCUGCAGUGAUGCUGGUACCUGAAAAGAAGACAGAAGAUGGAUUUGAAGAGCAUCUUGGUGUUAACUACCUGGGACAUUUCUUGUUGACAAAUCUCCUCUUGGAUACCCUGAAGCAAUCAGGAACACAUAGCCACAAUGCUCGGAUUGUCACCCUCUCAUCAGCCACCCAUUAUGUAGGUGAAUUACAUCUUCAUGAUUUACAAAGGAGUUGCUUAUAUUCACCUCAUGGAGCUUAUGCUCAAAGCAAACUUGCCCUUGUAUUAUUCAGCUAUCAACUGCAACAUCUCCUGACGUUAGAAGGAAGCCAUGUGACGGUUAAUGUUGUAGAUCCUGGAGUAGUGAAUACGGAUCUCUAUCAGAAUGUCUGUUGGGCAGCAAAAAUAGUCAAGUGGAUGACAAGCUGGCUUCUCUUAAAG